AUGACUUCUGAUUCCGAGAGACCCAAAUCCCCAUCCUUUGAAAGAGGCUCUAGUAACGACGAGUGCACCCGCCCGGGUGACAUCGCUGGUCCACAUUACAUGUCUACAUGUACUCUCCAAUCUCUUAAUCAAUUGAGAGAUCUCUGUCAGAUUCCUUCUGGAAUCAUGGCUGAAUCGAUGCUGCCCGGUCCUAUGGAAUCUCCGGAAAGCCAUCGUGACGACUAUUUCUGUGUUUACGAGGUCUAUUUCAAGGGUUGCGGGCUAACCUUUCCUCUUCCUGAGGCCUUAAUCCGAUACUUGGCAGCCCUUCGCACCAUCCUUGGGAUUAUAAGUGUAGCGGCGGAAGCCGGGUAUGUUAUCGGAGUCCCCGAAUUGAAUGAACUUCUUAGCGUAAGGACUUUCAUCGCUCCAUCUAUCCCGUCCGAGGAAUUCAUCGAGUUCUUCAAAAUAGUCCUCGAAGGGGAAACCCUUUGGAACUCUUUUACACUUGAACGAUUCCUAGAAGCUAACCACAGACUCAGGAUGAGUCCCCCAGGUCAGCUUCACCAACUUCCGCCUCCUCCCUCAAUUCAGGGGAUGUCAUCUUGGGCCCUUGCGGCCAAGCGCAAGGCGCUCUCCAAGCCGAUAGCUGAGGCUUGCGAGGAGAAAAAAGAAUUUCUUGCGGCUUCUAUAGAUAAGAAGGACUACAGUAGAACCUUGCUUGUUGACGAUGGCAGUGCCGAAGGGGCCAGAUCCGCUGCUGCUUUCAGACCGACACCUCGGCGCGAACGUCGUGGUGAGCGUUCUCCUCGGAAGGCCCGAUCUCCUCGUCGUGACUCUCCUCGUCCUUUCCGAGAUGACUUUAGCAAUGAACCGCUUAAGAACUUGCCUGACAGCGAGAAGACUGCCCGGAGUACAUCUCCUAAAAAGGGAGAUUCUGAGUCUCGAGAUGCUUCCUCGAAGUUGAAGCCUGUUCUUGUCCCCCAAGUCAAAUCGCUUUCAGAAUCACCUCCCAUAAGUGAGUCGGGUCUAGACUGGGCAGGCUCAAGUGGGACGGAAGAUGUCGUCCCACCCGAAGUUCCUGCGGCACCGGAGGUCACCCCGGAGGAUGGUUGUACCGUGGAGGGCGGACCAGGAGCUCCAUCUGACCAAGCAUCAGUCGAGGAGGCGAAUGACGACUGCUGA